AUGGCCGCAGCAGGGUCCCAACAACUCCAGUUUGCCGAGGGUGCUGCUUUCCCCGCCUUCCCGGCAGCGCACCUCGGAGGACCGCUGCUUCCAUCCACGCGCCCUGCUGCCGGGCUGCCCCCUGCGCCCCAGGACCCCCGCGCUCCAGCGGCCACGCCGUGCUUUCCAAGCGGAAGCCAGGGACCCGCAGCGCAGAACCCCGCCGGCCUGGAUCCUCCCGGGCCCCCCAAAGGCGCGGCUGCCCCGUCGGCGCCCCAGCGCCGCAAGCGCACAUCGUUCAGCUCCGAGCAACUGCAGCUGCUGGAACUCGUCUUCCGCCAGACCAUGUACCCCGACAUCCACUUGCGGGAGCGCCUAGCCGCUCUCACGCUCCUCCCUGAGUCCAGGAUCCAGGUGAGUCGGAGCUCACGUAGUCCUCCUGUCUCUCAGGUGUGGUUCCAGAACAGACGGGCCAAGUCCAGGCGCCAGAGUGGGAAGUCAUUGCAGCCCUUAUCAUCCAGGCGGGAAGUGUUCCUCCAGCGCUCUGCUCCUGGGACUGAAGCGAGAUGUUUGAAGCCCCAGCUGCCUCUGGAGGCAGCAAUGAACUGCCUUCCCGACGCCAGUAGGGCUGGAGGAGGCCUCUGUGCGGCUGGUUCUCAAGGUCAGAGUUUUGACACCUAUUCCCCUCUCUCCGAAGACAUCGGCUCAAAGUUGGACUCGUGGGAAGAACAUAUCUUUUCUGCCUUAGGUAAUUUUUGA